AUGGAGGUGGCGUGCGACAUUGAAAUGAUCAAAGAUCCAGAGUCACGUCGUUCAAACGUCACUUACGUGGCGAGACAUAUUGAGGACGCCCUGACGACGCAACGUGAGUAUCGCGAUGGAUGCACCAUCAAGUGUCGUCAUUGCCUGGCCAAGAGUUGUUGUCUUUGGUUUGGCAAACGGUACGGCAACUACUUGAUCUGCCUUUACCUCAUCACAAAGUCGCUUUAUAUCUUGAACGUGGUGGGUCAAUUCUUCAUGAUGAACCGUUUUCUGGGCACCAACUACACUUUCUACGGUCUGGAUCUUCUGCGUGACAUCACAGAGGGCUACCUCUGGCAGGAAUCGGGCAACUUUCCACGCAUCACUCUGUGCGACUUCGAGAUCCGAAAGCUGGCCAACAAACACCGGCACACGGUACAGUGCGUUCUGCCCAUCAACAUGUUCAACGAGAAGAUAUUCAUUUUUCUCUGGUUUUGGUUCAUUCUUGUGGCCGCCAUCAACACCAGCAGCUUCCUCUAUUGGUCGUACAAGUCGAGUCUGCGCGCAAAUCGUGUGCACUUUGUGCGAAAAUUCCUCAAACUACGCGAGGCUCUCGAGCCCGGCGACAAAAAGCGCAGCUUCGCCUUCGUCGACAACUACCUGCGUCAGGACGGCACCUUCAUUCUGCGUCUGGUGGCCCAGAACGCCGGCGAACUGGUCGCCUCUGAGAUAGCCGAGCGUUUAUGGCAAAUGUACAGACAACGUUGCCAGACGCCGCUGUCCAUCAGCUCCCCGACUCCCGGCCAGUUCACCGGUUUCCGCGGCCCCGGCCCAGUCUCCGAAAAGCCAGCUGCCUCGAGAGGCCUACAACUGGCCGGCCCUGCUUACCGACAGCAUCCGCAGUCGCAUCAUCAUCAACAUCAUCAUCACCUGCAGUCGCAUCAGCGUCAGCAGCAUCAGCCACAGCAGCGAAAAUCCUCCAAUAGUCUGGCCGAGAGUAGCAGUGCCUCAGCCUCCCUGCAGACCGGACACACGCGACACACCAACAGAGCAGACGAGCAGGCUGCCACGAUGGUCGGCCAUCCGGUUCCGCCACCACCGCCCCCCCCGCCUCUGCCGCCGCCACCCUCGUUGCCUCUCUCCAGCCAGCCUUCGAUGCCACCGCUGCCACCAUUCUCGUCCGCACACCAGCAGCACUACCAACAUGCACAUGCACACCAACAAGUCCAACAACUGCCCUAUCCGCUGCAGAGUCAAGCCCACUCCAGCCUCCCCUACAACUCUGUACCGCCGCCUCUGCCGCCGCCUCUGCCGCCGCCAUUCCAUUCUUCCGGACCGUCGCAUCUGCCGCCA